AUGCUGGCCAAGGGACUUCCCCAGCGUUCCGUCUUGGUCAAAGGGUGCCAGCCUUUCUUGAGUGCUGCCAGGGAGGGCCUGGGGCAUCCCAGAGUACCCACUGGAAGAACAGCUGGUGUCUCCACCCGCAGUCCUCGCCCCUUCAGUGAGAUCCCUUCCCCUGGUGACAAUGGCUGGCUAAACCUGUACCAUUUCUGGAGAGAAAAUGGUCCUGGCAAAAUCCACUAUCACCAUGUCCAGAAUUUCCAGAAGUAUGGCCCCAUUUACAGGGAGAAGCUUGGCAACCUGGAGUCAGUUUAUAUCAUAGACCCUGAAGAUGCGGCCCUGAUCUUUAAUUCCGAAGGUCCCACCCCAGAACGAUUCCACGUCCCGCCUUGGGUUGCCUAUCACGAGUAUUACAAGAGACCCACGGGAGUCCUUCUGAAGGACUCAGAAGACUGGAAGAAAAACCGAGUGGUCCUGAACCAGGAGAUGAUGACUCCGGAGGCCCUCAAGAACUUUGUGCCCAUGAUGGAUGUGGUGUCUCAAGACUUCAUUCGUGUCCUGAACAGGCGUGUCAAGCAACAGAAGUCUGGAAAUUUCUCAGGAGACCUCAGUGAUGACCUGUUCCGCUUUGCCUUUGAGACCAUCAGCAAUGUCAUAUUUGGGGAGCGCCUGGGGAUGCUGGAGGAGAUUGUGGACCCUGAGGCCCAGAAGUUCAUCAAUGCCAUCUAUCAGGUGUUCUGCACCAGUGUACCCAUGCUCAGCCUGCCCCCAGAUCUGUUUCGUCUCUUCAGAACCAAGACCUGGAAGGACCAUGCGGCUGCGUGGGACGUUGUUUUCAAUAAAGCUGAAAGAUACACCCAGAACUUCUACUGGGACUUGAGACAGAAAAGAGACCUCAGUGACAGGUACCGUGGCAUCCUGUACAGUCUCCUGGAAAGUAACAAGCUAUCCUUCCAGGACAUCCAGGCCAACAUUACUGAGCUAUUGGCAGGAGGUGUGGACACGACAUCCAUGACCCUGCAGUGGCACAUGUACGAGAUGGCCCGUACCCCGAAGGUGCAGGAGAUGCUGAGGGCAGAGGUUCUGGCUGCCCGGCGCCAGGCCCAGGGAGACAUGGCCACAAUGUUGCAGUUGGUCCCACUCCUCAAAGCCAGCAUCAAGGAGACGCUAAGACUCCACCCCAUCUCUGUGACUGUGCAGAGAUAUAUCACCUGCGACGUGGUUGUUCAUGGUUACGUGAUUCCUGCCAAGACACUGGUGCAAGUGGCCAACUAUGCCAUGGGCCAAGAACCCAGGUUCUUCUCCAACCCUGACAAUUUUGACCCAAACCGAUGGCUGAGCAAAGACAAGAACAUCACCUACUUCCGGUACCUGAGCUUUGGCUGGGGUAUUCGGCAGUGUUUGGGCCGCCGGGUUGCAGAGCUGGAGAUGACCAUAUUACUCAUCCACGUGCUGGAGAACUUCAAAAUUGAAAUCCAACAUCUCAGCGAUGUGGGUACCAAGUUCAACCUCAUCUUGGUGCCUGAGAAGCCCAUCUUAUUCACCUUAUUGCCCUUCAAACAGGACCCAGCCCUGGCAUGAUCAGGAUGGAACUGCUCUCCCACCAACCAGGCUGGCAGUCACGUAGUGGGAUGGCCUGGUGGUGGGGUACAGGUUCUCUCCAUCUCCAGUUCUCUGUUCCCACCCUGCCUUUCAGGCAGGAGGAUUUGGGUCUCAGUGGUCAACUGCUUCAGUUCAGUUGAGUCUCUUCCCUUUACCUCACCUCUUCCCCU